CCUCUCUCUCUUCUCUCUUUCCUUCUCCCCUUCUUUCUCUGAACUUUCCCUCUCUCACUCCCACUCUCCUCUCACAUCUGGUGGGGAUCUGGAUCUGAACUGACCAGGGCCGGCCCUGGGAGUGACUGUGUAGUUACUGUGGCUCCUCUCUAUCCUGCUAUGGGACUGUCUCUGGCUGGACUGGAAACCAGACUGCACUGCCUCUGUCUCUGUCUCUGCUAACCUCCCUCUGUCAGAGAAGAUAAUACACAUCCUGUCCUCCUUCGCCUAACCAUCGCCGGGAGGCCUGCUGUUCUGACAAUACCUAUCUGACCGUUGGUGCUACCGGGCAGCUCAGGUAGCUGAGGUAGCAGCAGACAUGGCCAGCCCCAGGAGGACAUGUCUCCUGCAGGGCCUGAGUGUGAUGCUCCUGGCCUGGGCUCUGGUGCACUGCCAAGCCCCUCUGGAGCCCCAGGAGGAAGAGGAGGAGGACGAUCCCAUGGAGGAGACAGAGACCUUCCUGGUCCCGGCCGUGGCGAAGGUGGAGCUGGUGGUGUGUCCCGGCGAGUGUAGCUGUACAGAGGAGGGAGUGGUGGACUGUGCUGGGGUUGACCUCAUGGACUUUCCUAGUGAGCUGUCUGAGAGCACACGCAUUCUCUCACUGCAGAACAACCGGAUAGAAAUAGUAACUAUUGAGGACCUGGCACGUCUGCAGCAACUGGAGACACUAAACCUGCAAAACAACCGUCUGACCACACAAGGCCUUGAAGAUGAAGGGUUUACAGUGCUGGAACAGCUGACCUACUUGUACUUGGCCAAUAACAAGCUCACCACAGCACCCAGACACCUGCCUCCCUCACUGGUCAGUGCUGAUUUCGCCGCCAAUUCGCUCACAAAGAUCUACCCGUACACAUUUGGCCAGAAGCCAGGACUGAAGUCAGUGUAUCUCCAUAACAACAAACUGACAGAUGCAGGGCUACCAGAGAACAUGUUUAACGGUUCUGACAGCCUGGAGGUUCUCAUCAUGUCCAGUAACUUCCUCCGCUACGUCCCUAGGAGCCUUCCCUCCGCCCUCUACCGCCUACAUCUAAAGAACAACAUGCUGGAGAAGAUCCCAUCAGGGGCGUUUGACAGCCUGACCCAGCUCAGAGAGCUCUACCUACAGAACAACCUGCUUAGCAACGAAGGCAUGGACAACGAGACCUUCAGCCAGUUGACCAAGCUGGAGUAUCUGGACCUGUCCAACAACAACCUGAGUGUGGUUCCUCAGGGUCUGCCUCGAGGUCUGAUACUGCUACACCUGGAGAAGAACAACAUCCGCACUAUCCCUGGCGAUGCCCUCAUAGCCUGCCGUAACCUGGAGUACCUACUUCUGCACAACAACCAGCUACGCUCCCGCUCCAUACACCAAGCUGCAUUCCAUGGCCUGAAGAAGCUACACACCCUCCACAUGUACAACAACCAGCUGGAGCGUGUCCCCAGGGGUCUCCCCCGCCGAGCCAAGACCCUUAUGCUGCUUCACAACGGCAUAAACGAGAUCGGACGCAAUGACCUGGUGAUGCUUUACACCCUGACCGAGCUCAACCUCAGCUACAACCGCCUCACCAGCCCCAAGCUGCACCGAGAAGCUUUCAGGAAGCUGCGUCUGCUGGAGACCUUGGAUCUGUCAGGGAACGCCCUCCACUCCCUGCCCCUGGGGCUUCCCCGCUCCCUGCAGGUCCUCCGGGUGAAGGACAACCAGCUGACCUCCAUACCAGAGGGGGCGCUGCAGGGCAUGUCCAAGCUCGGGGAGAUCCACCUCAGCCACAACCAGCUCAAACUAAACUCCAUCUACCAGGGAGCCUGGAUGGAGCUCAGCGCUCUGACGACGUUGGACCUGUCCAGUAACCAGCUGUCCCAUGUCCCCUCUGACCUGCCUGAGUCUCUGGAGUACCUGUACCUUCAGUCUAAUCGCAUCAGCACUGUCCCUGCCACUGCCUUCGAGGGCACUCCCAACAUCAAGGGCAUCUUCCUACGGUUCAACCGUCUGUCAGCCAACUCUGUGAAAGAGAGCUCCUUCAAACACCUGACCAACCUGCGGGUGCUGGACAUUGGCCACUUGAGUCACUCCGGACCCUCCGGACCCCCCUUCGGACGAGAGGAAGAGGAGGAGGAAGAGAUGGAGGAAGUGGGAGAGGGAUUUGCUUAAUAAGUUUAGCCCAUGGACACAAGCUGCUUGAAUGAUCGGAACCAAAUGUUGCAGUUGUUUAGGAUGCCAUCCCAAAGUCCUGUUCUUUUGAACGUACAGAAAAAUGUAUUUUUGCAAUAGAUCAGACUCAAUUCUAAAAUGUAAAUUAAACUAUGAAUGGAUGGGGAAA